AUGGGAGCCACAAGCAGCGACACAAAGAGCUUUACCUCCUUGUCACCCAACCUGUGGGUUCCUCCCUGGAAAGGUUUCUGGAAUGGGGACCUUCAGACUCCAUCACGACUGAGCCAGCUGUGGAAGACUGGACAUACAGUAAAGAAUAAACUUAAGACAUCUCAACAGACUAGCCCUCCAGAGGAGGCAGCGGAGCGGAUUCUCCCACAGUGCAUAUCCAUAUUCCUGCCAGAGUUCCCAGUUUGGUCCCCGACUACAAAGCCAGAAUUAAAGAUUUUAGGUUGUGUUGCUAAAGGUUCCUUGGGUCCAGUACUCAAGGUGCUCAACUGUACUGAACAGAAGAUCUUUGCCUUAAAGGUAUUACCCAAAGGAGAGGUUCUCCGUCGCAACACACUGAGACAAUGUAAGGAGGAAGUCAGCAUACAGAGGGAGGUUAAGCAUUCAUUCAUCCAAUGCCUGGGAGAGAGCUGGCAGGGACAGAGCAACCUCUUCAUCAUGUGCAACUACUGUAGUUACGGGGACCUGUAUUCCUUGUGGAUGUCUGCCAAGUACAUCGAUGAAGACACAAUAAGGCUAUUUGCUGCUGAACUGGUCUCUGUUUUAGUGUAUCUUCAUGAUUUGGGCAUCAUGCAUCGAGAUGUUAAGAUGGAAAAUAUACUACUAGAUGAGAGAGGACACUUGAAAUUGUCAGAUUUUGGACUUUCAAGACACCUUCCAUUUGGAGAGCGUGCAUAUACCAUCUGUGGGACCCUUCAGUACAUGGCACCUGAAGUUCUUUCCGGGGGUCCUUAUGGCCAUUCUGCGGACUGGUUUUCCUUAGGAGUUCUAUUAUUUGCACUGGCAGCUGGGGAGUUUCCUGUUGCCUCCACCACAGACCAUAUAAGCAUGCUGGAGAGGGUUAAUGAUGCAACAUAUAAAGUUCCAGAGACUGUUACCCAAGGACUAUCGCACCUUUUAAAAGAGCUUCUGUGCAAAGUUCCAAGACAGAGGCUCCGUUAUCUCCAUCAAUUCAAGAGCCACAUCUUCUUCCGAGGAAUGACUUUUGAUCCUGCAUUGCUCCAAAAAUUCCCAGUUGAGCUGGUCUUAAAAAGGCGGAAAUCAGAAAUGACUGAACAGUCAGACUUUGUUGGUUUUGAAGAUUUUGACUGGGAUUUAAACCAAACGCUUCAAUUUCCUUCCCCAGCCUAA